CUACGGCCGACGAGAGCAGCGAGCAAGGUAAAAUGGCCAGUCUUAACGGCACUUCACACAACCCUAUCGACGACGAGCUUGAUUUUUCAGAGAUCGAAGCCAAAUAUCGCGUGGACUUAGACGAUGGCUUCGACAGUAUAAUUGUGGUCGACGGCAUACCUGUCAUCGACAAGUCUAAGCUCGACAAGUUACUCGCAAAGAUCUCCAAGGAGUUUUCCAGGAGAGGGGCCGUGAUUAAGCCAGAUGACAUUUUUGUACCAUGGGACGAUAAUGCAGGAAAAACCAAAGGCUUCAUCUUUGUUGACCUUGGCAACCCAGAUGCGGCUGCCUUUGCGGCCAACGCGAUGAACGGACACCCUUUUGAUGCGAAGCAUACUUUCCGCAUCAAUCGAUUCACCGACAUUGAACGCUAUGCAAACAUUGACGAGACAUACGUUGAACCCACAGUGGAGGAAUACCGUCCAAAGGAACAUCUCCGAGCAUGGCUCGCUGAUUCUCAAGGACGUGAUCAGUAUGUGACUUACCGAGGCGAUGACGUGGAAAUCCACUGGCACGGGAAGCCCUCGCAAUGUGAAGUUGCCUACGCAAAAAAGAAUUGGACAGAACUUUACGCCUCAUGGUCACCACUUGGUACAUACUUUGCUACGCUUUUUCGUCAGGGUGUCCGCCUGUGGGGUGGACCAUCAUGGGAACCCCAACAUCGUUUUGCGCACCCCCUCGUCAAGUUGAUCGACUUUUCUCCAUGCGAAAAUUACCUCGUCACUUGGUCACAUGAUCCUAUCUCAGUCCUGAAUUCUUUUUCUCCCGAGGACGAGGGCAAUAACAUUGCCGUUUGGGAUAUCAAGUCCGGUCAACUGCUUCGCACGUUCCCCACUACGUCUUACGAGAAUGAGGAUCCAGCGAUGAAGAAACAAAUGCAGUGGCCUGCCUUGAAGUGGAGUUCCGAUGAUAAAUUCGUUGCUCGUGUAACACCAGGACAGCAUAUCAGUGUCUACGAGUUACCAACCAUGGGUCUUCACGACAAAAAAAGUUUGAAAAUCGAGGGGGUUGUGGACUUUGAAUGGUGUCCUCACGGAGAGAAGGACAAGGAAGACGCGGAGAAGGCUGCGAAAGCCGAGAAAACCGAGAAAGGUGCCAAGAAAAGGGAGAACAUGCUUGCUUAUUGGACGCCUGAAGUCGCCAACCAACCAGCGCGAGUGACCCUCAUUAGUUUCCCGAGUCGCACUGUGCUACGACAAAAGAACUUGUUCAAUGUUACAGAGUGUAAACUUCAUUGGCAAAAUCAGGGUGACUUCCUUUGUGUCAAGGUUGACCGUCAUACCAAGACCAAAAAAUCUAUUUUCUGCAAUCUCGAGAUUUUCCGAGUUCGCGAGAAGGACUAUCCCGUUGAAGUUGUCGAGUUGAAAGACACAGUGACGGACUUCUCUUGGGAGCCUAAAGGGGAGCGAUUUGCUAUUGUGUCAAGCAACGACCCAAACCUCGGUAACCCUGGGCCCGGAAUUACAAUUAAAACCGACAUCGGCUUCUACCAGCUGGAUCGUGCCAAAAAUGAUUUCAAACUGCUUCGCACGCUUACGUCAAGGACUAGUAAUACGAUACGUUGGUCUCCUCGAGGCAGACAUGUAGUUCUUGCGACAGUUGGUUCAUCGACCAAGUCCGAACUCGAGUUCUGGGAUCUGGAUUUUAGCACUGAAGAACGCCGAGAAGGCCAAAACGUAAAGGAAGAAUGGGGCAGCGGUAUUCAGCAACUUGGUUCUGCCGAUCAUUAUGGUGUAACUGAUGUGGAAUGGGACCCAAGUGGGCGAUACCUAGCCACCAGUGCAAGCGCAUGGAGACACACGCUCGAAAACGGCUACGCUAUUUGGGACUUCCGAGGACAAGAAUUAGAAAAGCACAUCCUUGAUCGCUUCAAGCAAUUCAUUUGGAGACCGCGGCCCCGCAGUCUUCUUACAAAGGAUCAGCAGCGGCAGGUUCGCAAGAACCUGCGUGAGUAUAGCCGUGCAUUCGACGAGGAAGAUGCUGCGGAAGAGAGCAAUGUCAGCGCGGAGCUUAUUGCUCAUCGUAAGCGCCUCCUUGACGAAUGGAACGCAUGGCGCGCACGGUGCAAGCGAGACAUUGCAGAAGAGAAGCGGAGUCGUGGACAAAAACUUAAUGGCGAGCACCACGAAGAGGAAAAGGAGGAGAUUGAGGAAUGGAUUGAUGAGGUUAUUGAGCAAAUCGAGGAGGAAGUCGUGGAGUGAAUGUUCCUGUAUUUAGUCGCAAGCAUACACGUUGCUUUCCUAUGCCCUAUUAUAGUCAGUUAUCUCCAUUUAUGGGGUUGCACGGUGUUCCGUCGAGGGUUCUACCACUCGACUCGGCUGUUAUCGGACUUCUCCACCGAGGACCGAGCCGGUAUCUAAUCUAACAUUCAAUUCUCUCUCGUGGUCGCCGCUGGCGCU